UGAGAGAGCCGGGUGUUGUGGAAGACUGCGCUCUCCCUCUCGGGAGCGCAGACCCACCAAACAUGGCUUCGAGCAGAAGGAAACAGGAUGAGAAGAACCUGAAAACCUUGCGAGAAUUGGGUUCCCUGGCUGCUAAUAGGACAUGCUUCGACUGCCACCAGAGAGGGACGACCUACAUCAACAUGACUGUGGGCUCCUUCGUCUGUACCUCCUGCUCCGGCAGCCUCCGUGGGUUAAACCCUCCUCAUCGUGUCAAGUCCAUCUCCAUGGCCAGUUUCACACAGGAGGAAAUUGAACAAAUAAAAUCAAAGGGGAACCAGUAUUGUGGAGCUGUUUGGCUGGGUCUUUAUGAUGCUAAGAUCAGUCCUUUUCCUGACACCAAAGACGAACAUAAAAUUAGAGAUUUCAUGAUUUUGAAAUACGAAAAGAAAAGGUUUUAUAUAGAGCCCAGUAUUGCUCUGAAGAAUAUGCCUCCACAAAACUCGAGUGCCACGUCGUCAAAUGCCUCUACGCCAAAUAGUGAAACUAGUAAGGCUGGGCUAACAGCUAGCUCAUCAGUGUCACGUCCAAAUGUUACAGCCUCACAGUCGUCAGGGUCAGUAAGUGGAGGGCUAAACAACAACACCAGUACAGGAUCAAAAACAUCCACUCCAAAAUCUUCGACUUCGUUAGAUUUAUUAGCUGAAUUAGGAAGCCAACCUGGUCCCAAGGUCAACUCUAAUGACCCCUUUGCCUCUCCAACAAGUUCCCAAGCACCCACAUCAAUUUCACAGCCUUCAUUUGCCAAUUUUGAGAAUGCGAACAUUUUUUCCAACACUCCUGGCACCACAUCCAGCAACAAAUCAACCCCCUUGGGUCCACAUCUCCCAUUCUCCAGUAACCCCCUUACCCCAAUGGCCCCUGGCUCCUCUUCCAAUCCUUCUUCCUCAACUGUUCCCAACACCCAAUCCUCUUCAACCCCACCUACGCAAGAUCGCUAUGCAGCGUUGAAGGACUUGGAUGAGGAAUUCAAGACGCAGAAAGAAUCUGAAACUGUAUCUUCAAAUGGAGGAGGUAGUUGGCCCAUACCUAAUGGAAGUCAUCAGGGUUCUUCAAUGUUUGGUUCCUCAUCCUCUGCAAUGAAUGGGACUGUUUUUGGUUCCCCUGGCACCUCCAAUACCGUCUUUGGUGCUGUUAAUGGAGGUGGAUCUGGAGGCAUUGGAGGAGGGGUGUUUGGCACACCUCCAAAUGCUGGCAAUGCCUGGGCUAAUUUUUCUGGUGCUAAUCCAUUUUCAGCAGGAUGUAAUAACGGGUCUGCCUGGAUGAAUGGAAGUUCUAUGGGGUCCACGACACACACUCAGCAGGGAUUUGGUUCUGUCGUCCAACCCAACCCCUUUGGAACAACUUUAUACAGGAUGUGGGCACCUGACCCAAACUUCAAUCAAUUUGGCAGCAGUGCCCAACUAAAUGGAACUUCAUCAGCUACCAAUGGCGCAUGGGCCAAUUUCAACCAGCACCCACAAAACACAAAAAUGCAGUGGAUGACUAGUAAUGGAACAGCUAACCCAUUUAUGGCCACCCCACAAAUGCCUUCCAGUGGAUCAUCCUACAAUCCGUUCCUGUGAGUGGGUGCUGUGUCCCUUGUCAUAGUAAUGAGGGCUCCUGCGGUAUCUCUCCACCUUUCGCUGUGUAUGUCUUCAAGCCACCAUCUCACUAACUCGAUUCUCUGCUUCUUUUCCCUGUUGGAGUUCUUCUUAAUGGCUAACUUGCUGAAGGAAAUGUUUAUAUUAUGCAAAAGACAAUUCAUCUUUUCUACCUAUUGGUAGCUCUAGUUUGGUUUAUACCAUAAGUCAUAUUUAAAUGAUAGAAUUUACUGUAUAAGUGCUAGAUUCUGUUUAGUUUCUAAAGCUGCUGAGGCAGGUAAUUAUCAACAUUUAUAGAUUCUAAUGUAAAGUACGUUGUAGCUUUAUUUAAAAUCAA